AAGAAGAGGAGGAGGAACCGGGAAGCCGCCGCCUCUCCUCCUGCUCCUCCUCCUCCUCCAGGAGGGCGGCCGGCGCAGGGCCCGUCCCUCGUCGGCGGCCGUGCGGCUUCGACAGCGGCAGGGAUGGCGUCGCUGAGGCCGGGCGGCUGGGGCCAGCGGGCCUCCUCCCUCGGCGGGCCGCUCCUGGCGCUGCUUAUGCUGGGCUUGGCGCAGCCCCACCACACGACCCACCACGACAUAUCCAGAAGACAACCCUGGGAUCUGAAAAUUGACCAGGCUUUGCUACAAAUUCAUAAUGAGUUGCUUGGUGAGAACUUAACCAUCUCCUGGAUCUCAGAUUAUUGCUACCAGUGCUUGCCUCAGGAACUGAUUUCCAUCAACCAAACAUCUGAAGAGCCUAGUAUUAGCAUUGCUGCUGUGGAUUCUCAGCAUGCAGUCACCUUGCUGGUCAGUAACACGAAAGACAACAAAGAAAUUUGCAGGUUACAUUAUCAUUUUGGAGAAUUUGGAAACUAUUCCCUAGUGGUUGGGAGUCUCCAGGGCAGCAUCCCGAAGAUUUCAUGCAAUAUAACUGUCAAUCAAAGUCCUUCCAACAGCUACCUCCCAAUUUUUUUUGCGUUUCUCAUCUACAUGGGAUUCUUCUCCAUUCUGGCAUUGGGACAGGUUUGUGUGAACAUUGAACCAAUCAGAAACUGGCUUUACAAGAAGAUGAACCCUACAGAAACUGAUCGACUAAUUAAUUCAGAGCUUGGAUCCCCAAGCAGAGCAGAUUCUGCUGGUGGCGAUUUGCCGGCUGGGGUUUGGAGUUCCGCAUCCUCCCUGCAGAGGCUUCGUUCCCUGGACACGUUUAGAGGGUUGGCCCUUGUAAUUAUGGUCUUUGUCAAUUACGGUGGAGGAAAGUACUGGUUCUUCAAGCAUCAGAGCUGGAAUGGACUAACCGUAGCAGACCUUGUCUUUCCAUGGUUUGUGUUCAUCAUGGGCACCUCCAUUUCACUGUCGCUGAGUUCCAUGUUGAGAAGAGGUCGUUCCAAAUGGCAGCUGCUGGGGAAAGUCCUGUGGAGAAGCAUCCUCUUGUUUUUAAUAGGGGUCAUAGUGGUGAACCCAAAUUACUGCGUUGGGCCAUUGUCCUGGGGUAACCUCCGAAUUCCAGGUGUGCUUCAGAGACUAGGCUGCACAUACCUUGUGGUUGCUGUGCUUGAGCUCCUCUUUGCCACACCUGUGCCUGAGAACAGUGCUCUGGAAGCUCCAUACUCUGCUCUCCAAGAUAUUCUUCCAUAUUGGCCCCAGUGGCUUUUCAUGAUGACACUUGAAGCAGUUUCGCUGUGCCUCACCUUCCUGUUAAACGUACCUGGGUGUCCAACAGGUUACCUUGGCCCUGGAGGCAUUGGAGAUUCUGGAAUGUACCCCAACUGUACUGGAGGAGCAGCUGCUUAUAUUGAUCAAUUGCUUCUAGGAGAAAAACACAUCUACCAACAUCCAUCUUCUAACGUUCUUUACCUGACAACGGUAGCCUUUGACCCUGAAGGAAUUUUGGGAACCAUCAAUUCUGUUGUCAUGGCAUUUUUUGGACUUCAGGCAGGAAAAAUUCUCAUGUUCUACAAAGACCAGCACAGACAAAUAAUGCUCCGUUUCUGUGUGUGGAGUAUAGUCAUGGGUGUUAUUUCUGCUGUAUUGACCAAAGGCACAAAAGACCAAGGCUUUAUUCCUGUCAACAAGAAUUUAUGGUCCAUUUCAUACGUGACAACACUGAGCUGUUUUGCCUUUGUGCUUCUGCUGUUAGUGUACUAUCUUGUAGAUGUGAAGAAGGUGUGGUCAGGUGCUCCCUUUUUCUAUCCAGGUAUGAACUCCAUUCUCGUCUACGUUGGGCAUGAAGUAUUCGAAAACUACUUUCCUUUUAAGUGGAAGAUGCAGGAUAAUCAAUCCCAUAGUGAACACUUGGCUCAGAACUUAACAGCUACAUCUUUAUGGGUUAUCAUUGCAUAUAUACUCUACAGGAAGAGAAUAUUCUGGAAAAUCUAACUGACGAAGCCAAAGGAACUUGUGGUAUAAGAAUACUGGAUUAAUUACUCCCACCAUAUUGAUGUUACUUUUUU